ACGAACCCCAAACAGCAUCCAUUCGUCCUCUCUAUCAAUCUCUCACCAAAUGGGUAAGCUCCUUCUCUCUUUCCUCAUUGGCCUGGGCCUUGUGCUAACGUGCACUGCUACGGUGUACCCUGUCGGAGAUACGGCUGGUUGGGAGAUAAGCACGGACUUUGAUUCAUGGGCCAAGGGCAAGAAUUUUAAAGUUGGCGAUGUUCUUCUGUUCCAAUAUUCAUCAUUGCACACCGUGGAUGUGGUGACUAAAGACAAUUACGACAAUUGCAACGCCACCGGUGCACUACAGAGCAACAGUGGUGGGAACACGUCCAUUCCACUAACGACAGCUGGCAACAAGUACUUCAUCUGUGGGACCCUUUCCCACUGCUUGGGUGGGAUGAAACUGCAAGUGAGUGUGAAUGCAGGAGCCCAGGAAACAAGCCCAGCUGGUGCACCCCUGCCUCCAAAGUCGCCCGACCCAGUUCCGGCCCCUUCUACGGAUAUCAACAAAACAUUGCCUACCACCCCUUCUCUUGGAUUUUCGUAUAGUGCAAGGGACUCUCUACUUUUUGCUUGGUCUUGUAUCUUUGGGACCCUUUUAUGGACGGUGAUUAUUUGAGUAUGGUAAUACUUAAGGGGCCCAGUAUUUGCACCCACCCUUUUUUGUUAGAUACACCUUUUCAUCGAAAAUAGUAGAAAAAAGGGGUCUAUAAAUCGAACUUGGUGGGUGUACAUGUCAUUUUCCGAUGUAUGAGUAUGAAUAUUGUUUUCCUUUGUUAUAUAAUGUAAUCGAUUUUUCUUCCA